AUGAUACCACCAAAGAUCUGUUCAAUGGAAGAAAAUACUUCACAACAAUAUGGAAAUUUAAUUAGUCAACAAACAACAAAUUCGAAAUCAUUAUUUCCACCUUCAGCUCGUAUUGAUCCAUCAAUAGCUCAAUUUGCUGAAGUUCUUGAUGAAAUUCAAAUAUCACCAAAUACAUCAGGAAAUGAACAACAACGUCAAUCAAAUCCUACUAUAAUAUCAAAAUUUCGAAGUAGUUUUUUACCAACUACAAAACCAUUAACAUCACGAAGUAAAUUACCUUCAUUUUCAACAAAACCAAAUUUUGCUCAACCAUCUCAAGAAUCUACAACCGGUAAUCAAAUAUUAUUAGCAACAGAUGAUAUAGCAAUUCCACGAGUACCACCAUCAUCAAUAAUAGCAACACCUAUGUUAACAACACGACCUAAAGCAGCAACUAUUGUUCAAGAUGAUGCUCAUAUCGAUGUCAAUGAAGAGAAACUAAUUCAUUUGGCAGAAUUAAGACAUCAUUCAAGUACAAUUAUUGAUUGUAAAUUAAAUAUGGAUGGUACACUUUAUUCCACACUUGAUAUUCAAAGUCAAGUUAAAAUUUGGUCAGCAACUGAAGAUUUCGAUAUAAUAACUUCACUUAUUUCACGUUCAGCAGCACUUCAAUGUCAAGCAUUCAUACCUAAUGAACCAUUACUUUAUUUGGGUACAUCAAUAUCCACCAUUAAAGUUCUACAUAUAACAGAAAAACGUAUUAUAAAUGAAGCAAUUAUUGAUAAAGAUUAUCCAAGAGUUAUGUGUAUUUAUCCACAUACAGUUCAAAAUCGUCUUUGUGUUUCAUUAGCAAGUGCAAGUCGUUUAAAUACAACAGAUAAUAGUCGUAUACGUUCUGGUCGUGUAUCAAUUCUUGAUUUAAAUACAUGGUCUGUUGAACGUGUACUAACUGAUAUUGAUGACAAUUUUGUUACAUGUAUGACUGCACAUCCAGAACGACAAUUACUUAUCUUAGGUUUUCAUGAUGGGAAAAUAGCUUUAUAUGAUAUUCGUUCAAAUACUCUUAUUCAUCAAAAACAACAACAUUCAAGUCUUAUUCAAGAUAUUCAUAUUAUUAAUGAUAAUUUAUAUUCAAUUGGAAAUGAUAAUUUAAUUAUACAAUCAAAUUUAUCUUUAUUUGAUCAAUCAAUACAAUCAUAUGAAUUACCAUAUUCAGCUGUUGGACCUUUUCCAACAUAUACUUCAAUGUCUUCAAAUGAUAAUAAUAUCCCAUCACCUUCUCUUCAAAGAACAUCAACACCAUCAAAUAAUAAUAAUAAUAAUUUUUUUCCAAUUGGUAAUGUUUUUGAUAUUGAUCCACAUGAUUCUGAUCGUUUAAUAACAUGUAGUCCAGUAAAUGCACGUCUUUAUCGUUUAUCAAUUGGUGAUGAAGAUAAUAAACUUCAAUUUCCAACAUUAACAAAUUUUUCUCUUCAAAAUUCUGAGAAAUAUUUUCCAAGUUCAUGUGUACAUUGGAAUAAAGAAAAAGAUAUGUGUAUGACAGCAAAUACAGAUGGAAUAAUUCAAUUAUAUCGACGAAUAAAUAAACCUGAUUUGUAA